AUGACUCCGCUGGGCAGUGGGGAUGCGAGCAAGGUGCCGCCGUCGCCACUGGACCGCAAGUCUCUGGCAGACUCCGACAUCCCCAGCCUCUCCCCACGCCGCUCGCUCUCGCUUCCCUUCUCCAAACCCCAACCUGGGGACCGCGUUCGUUCGUCACCCGACACAGCCUGUGAUGCGUCUGGGCUGAAGGUGGCGGCGCCUGUUGGCUCUCGGUUAUCCGUUUGGGUGCAGCAGCCCAAGGACGGCGCACAUGAAUCUGGCAGUGGCAAUUCAUGCGCUUUGACGCCACGUCAUGCGUCGUGUGCGCAAGAGCCUCCGUCGAGUAAUGCGGCAGAAGGUGGCGACAAGUUUCUGACGUUGGCGCCGCCCGCUGCUCCGAUCGAUGAUGCUACGCAUCUGGAGCGUGAAAGCUUGGGGAAUGUGAGAGAAAAAGAGGAUCACUCGCGUCUCAGGCUGUUGAACGAUGCGGAGCAAGCACGGGGUGGGGAAUGCCGUGAGGGCAGGCUGACAGCCGAGGAGAAGCUUGACGAGGAGGAUGAGUCGGAGAACGGCGGGGCGGAUGACGAAACCGCGGACCGGCCUGCAGAGGAGAAGAAAGAUGACGCGGUAGGGGAAGUCCCUAGAAGUGGCAGGCGCGUAGGCGAUAAUGGGGCAGGAGAGGGCGGCUGCAGGCCAUUCCGCGCGAAAGAUCGCGCGGGGGCAUUUGAAAUUUGGCAGUCGCCCAAGAAGCCGCGCAUGCUGAUCGAGGGCUUCGGCGAAUCGCCAGCGAAGGCAACGCCUGGGGGAAUGAUGACUUGGCAGUCACCCGACGGCAAGCGCAGCACCCCCUUGCGCACGGCGCUUUUCACCCAGCCGUACCGAGGCAUGGACGGCACGGGGCUCGAUUCCAGCCCCAUGAGCGAGGGCUCCGUGCGCCGGAUGUGGGAGCUGGGGUCGCCUGGCGCCCUGUCGUCACCAGGAAUGGGUCUGGGCACUAUUGGCAUGCACAUGGGUAUGGGGCUGGGUUUGGGUUUGGGCAUGGGCAUGGACGACGGGCAUAUGGGGUUCGGGGAGCUUCCUGAUGUUUUGGCGUCUGGCGACCCAAUGGAGCGCCUCAGGGCCAUGCAGGAAGGCGCGGAGAGAGGUAGGUUGUUCCUCGAGCGGCCUCGUGGAUUUACGGCGCUUGUGGGCACUGGCCCUUCCGUUAACGCGAAAGAGGCUGUCACGCCGAGGGGACUGGAGAGCCGUUAUGCAGGCUCAUUGCUGCGGACUCCAUCUGAUGCAGCGCCGUCCGCAGCUGCUGGCGGCAACCUCCAAGGCGCAGCGGACGUGGCUGACGGCGCUGUUGCUGGCGGCAGUGGGAAGUACGACAAUCCCCAUGAUGCCCGCAGCACUGGCGUUACGGAAGCGGAUCUGCCAACGGAACGCAGCCAUCAUGCGGGUGACACCCACCACUCCAUCGAUCUCACUCGUGCUGGUGCUCCUGGUGACGGCUCGUGGCAGCUGCCUCCAGCGCACACGGAUGCCGCGCCGUCAACUUACAGCACCCGCCACGUGCAGCACGACGGAGUGCGCGAGCAGGGCUGCCCUGCAGAGGGCGCGCAUGAGCUGCCUGAAGGCGAAAUGAAGCGGGAAGCUUCAAGGAUGAGCGCGAUGGAGGAGCGCAAAGGCGGGAGUGCUGAGGUGGCGUGCGCGCAUGGUAAGGCGGCCCACUCUCAUGAUGAAUUGCGUCUCCCCGCUCGCGCUCCCCUCCAUGCGCCAGCCAGCACUGUGCGCGGUGAGGGCGCGAUAGCAGGGGCGGCGGAGGCAGGGGCGGGCGGUGCUGCAGGCAGAGGAGUGGGAGGAGACGUGCGACUGCGGCGCAUGAACAGUGGCGAGGGGCCCGCGGGGCACGCAGCACGGCAGCAUGCGCAGGGGCGGUGGGCAGGGGCACAUGGGGGUGUGGAGGAGCACAGUGCAGUGCCGGCGGGGGUGGAGUAUGCGAGUGCGUCCACUGGAGACGUGUCUGAGAGCGAUGAGGGCUCGCUCGUUCAAGGAAGCAGCCACCACGUUUCCAUCAGCUACUGCGAGUGCUUCCGAGCCAAUGUGUAUUGCGGGGACGCAUGUCGCUGCAACGAGUGUCAGAACACACCUGAGUACGAGUCCCUUGUGCUUGCCACACGGGCAGCCAUUCAAGCUCGGAACCCCACGGCCUUCCAACCCAAGAUUAUCACCGCCGCUACUGUUGGCCCUGCAUCAUCCCUUUCACGACCCAAGGCUGGAGUGGGGUGCACAGCAGGCUGCAGAUGUGCAUCAUGCCAGAAUCCCCAUGGUCGCAGUGGAGAUGUGGCAGCGCUUCUGUCUGAUGCGGACCGCAGUCACGACCGUGCGCUGCGCACGCUCUCUCCCUCCCCCGCUGCCACCCCCCUUCGCUGGCAGCCGCCAUCCGCAUCGCCUCUGCACUCGUCUGCAGUCCGUCGCAGCCUGCCCUUCUCGCCCUCCCCUGUGGACUCCUCCCGCGUGCUGCCUGGCCGUGUCCCUUCAGCAUUGGACCUGUCACACCUGUCGGAACAUGCCAGCCCAUCGCCCACCAUCUCUGCAAGGCCUGCUGCUCACUCCCAUUCCCAAGCCCCAGACCCCCCUGCUGCACACGAGCGCCUUCAUGUUCCUACAGCAGCCUCCCCUUUACCAUCCUCCAAGCCGCAUCCAGAUACCACCUCCACCAAGCCCGCCUCCUCAGAUGCUCACCACGUUCUUUCUGCCUCUGCUGGCCCCAUAGCAUCAGCAGCAGCAUCUGGCGUUGCAGCAUCACCCAAUGGUGGCAGAGAGCACUUGAAGCCCCCCUCUGCGCCUCACCAGUUCCGCCUGCCCGCCACCCCCCUGCGCGCCUCCUCUGCUGCCUCCGCUCGCCUGCUGCUGAGAGGCCCAGGCUGUGUGGCCAAGGUAGAGGAGGGCGGGGACGUGAAGCCGGGUGGAGCUGCUGCAAGCUGGGGUGGUGGGAGGGAGAGGGGUGAGGCAGUUCCUGCUGUUCGCAUGGUUAGGGAUGGCGGUGAUUGCAAGCCUCAAGGCAUGCUACAUGCAGAGGGGCCAGCAGCGCCUGGUGAUGCAGCAGCAGCUGCAGCCGCGGCUGCAGCAGCAGCAGAGGAAGCGGAGCUGCUUCAGGUUGAGUCGUUUCUGUCGUUGCAGCAGGAGGAUGCGGGGCAUGAGGGGGAGAAAGGCCUGCAGGCGCCAUGCGAUGAUGGCAAGGGAGACGAAAUGGGCUUGUCAGUAGCAGGGGUUGGGCAUGUGAAGGCGGAGCAGGAGCAGUGGCAGGAGAGAAGCAGCAGUGAGGGCAGUGGCAUGGUGGUGACAGUCACAUGCCCGUCCCAGAAGCGUGUAUCGCCUCCUUCCAUGAGCCAUGGUGUGCAAAGCAUGGGCAUGCAUAUGCAUGCUUGCGCUUUGGAUUUGGACCCUGGACCAAGGGCAGAAAUGGGGGGUGGAUAUGCAGCAGGGAAGAAGCGAGUGGACAGGGGGGUGGAAGAGGCAGAUGAGGAGAGGGGCGAGGAGAGGGGAGAGGGUGGUGCUGGCCGCAAGAGGAUGCGACUGACUGGGUGA